AUGGCUGGCACGGACAAGAUGUGGAGCAGGUGCGGACACUGUCAGACCUGCGAGUGGAACAAUGUACUCCGCCGCCGUCACUUAGCUUGCAGCAAGUGCGGCAACACCGUGGAGUUGUACAAUGGCAAGAAGCGUGGGGUGCACUUCGCAGCUGUCGAGAGCGACGAGGACCGCUUCUAUGACGCGACCAGCGACAGUGAUGCAGAUGACACCAGGGCCCGCAGGCCCCUCCCCCCUGGCAUCCUGAAGAAGGGCAACACCGGUGGGGGCAAGGGCGGCAAGGGCACGUCCAUCCGAGGCUUGUUGAAGCAGGCUGCGGCGGCGGCCAAGGAGGACGGCGAUGAGGAGCUGAUGCGCCACCUCGACAACCAGAUCGAGAGGCUGGAGAAGUCGGAGCUGGGGGCCAAGGCCGCCGCCGCAGCUCCUGGGCCUGCGCCCCCCAGGAGCAGCGGCGACCCCGCGGCCCAGGCCAAGGCCGAGGCGGCGCGUGAGGCGGCCAUCAAGGCUGAGGCGGACAGGUUGUCGGAGGCAAAGUUCAAGGCCGCAGAGCUGAAGAGCAAGGUUGAAGGCAAGGUGCUGAUCCACCCGGCCCAGAUCCUGGAUCAGAAAGCGGUGGCUUUUAGGAAGCUGUGGGCCCCGAGGCCUCCUGACCUUGGGGAAGUGCGCGAGAUCUUUCGUCUCAUUCGUGAGGAAGCCAAGUGGGAUUCUUUGCCAGAUAUCACGGUCGAACAGGUUGUCGGCCUCAACGGCCUGGCUCAGGGCAUGUUCGGAGAGGGAACACCAGCGGCACCAAUACAGAUAUACGGAGACGCCAGUGGUGGAGCCGACUCGGCCAUGACGAGGCUGAGGCGUGUAGGCGUAGCGAUUGUGUGCACAGAGCAGAUACUUCCAGAGCUGCAGAUCACGGGCGCUGUCUUUGGUCCUUUGGAAGGCGACCGCCAGGUCGUACCCAGAGGGGAGCUGAUGGCCCUGUAUAUGGCAUUGUGGACGACAUCUAGAUAUGUGAACUACACUACCGACUGUGAGGCGGUAGCACAGGGGUGGUACGAGAAACGGUUCGCCCAGCCCGCGGGGCUCGACGCAGAUUUAUGGCAGAAGAUCGGCGAGCUCAUGCGCACCCGAGAGUUUUGUGAUGCGAGCUGCUGCAGGCGCGGCGCUCGCGCGUUCCUCGGGCGGGAGUCCAAGGCAGAGUCCGCGGACGCAUCGGCCUGGUUCCCUGAUGAGGAGCAGCCACGGCUCAGGCCGCAGCCCAGCGUCGGCGGCGACGCCUUCGCGGCCGACGGCGAUGACGAGCGGAAGAUCAGUAUCGAAGACUACCUCGCAACCGCGAAAGAGGCCGCGCGUGCGCUGGACCUGCACGAGGACGCCGGCUUCAGCCGCGCGGCCCGCGCGCUGGGACUGCACGCCGAGGAGGCCGCCCGGCCCGAGGCGCCCAGCGUGGCGGCAGAGUCGUCAUCUUCGUGGCCCAGCCCAGCGCAGGGCGCCCAGCGCGGCGGAGCUGGGCAGCCAGAGAGCCCCGGGCCUGUCAUCCUGCGCUCCGACCUGCUGGACGACGUCGUGUCGGACGACCCGAUGGUUUUUGGCAAGCCGCGCCCGGCGCCGCAGCCGGGCGCGAGGAGGCAGAAGCAGAGGCCGCGCCCGCCGCCGCAGCCGGUCCCGCAGGAGCAGGCGGCAGAUGUUGACACAUCGGUCGGCGAGGACUCGGAGGAGGCUGCUGGACUAGCUUGCCACGCGGCCUCUGAAGGGAGCGGCGCCAAAAAGUUUCACAUUGUGGAGGAGCGGCCCCGAAGCCAGCCGCUGCAGCAGCGCAAGCACCCCCCGCGGUGCCCGGAGUCGCCCCUCGAGGCGCUGGCCACCAGCGCGAGCUGCUCCAGCAGUGGAGGCCUCGGCAAGCUAAGGAGCCGCCAAGAUCGAAGCAGCAGCCGAGGCCGGCACCGGAGCGGCUCGGGCGCCCCCGAGCGCCGGGGCAGCCAGGCUCUCAGCUCGGAGGCGUCCGAGAGGCCGCUGCUGCGUAGGAUCAAGCCAGGCGAGGAGGCGGAAGAGGUCCCGCUGAGGCUGCCGCCCCUGGAGCACGGCGGGGCGGCGCGCGGGCGCCGGUGCACCUCGCAGCCCCCGGCGGCGCAGCCGAGAGGCCACAAGGGCAAGGCGCGCCCGAAGUCCCAGGGCCCCGCCGACCCCGAGGAAAAGUGUGAAAGAAGGAUGUUCGACAAGAACACGCUGCGCCAGAUGAACCGGGACAUGUUCGUAGCGGCAAUCCAGCACUAUCGGCAGAUCCACUGCAAGCCGACUUCGAGAGAAAGAGCGCGUGGAGAGCCAGCGGAGAUCUCGAGCUGCUCCGAGGGGAUCUCCGUGUUCUUGCGGAAGCGGCCGAUCUUCGGAAAGGAGGAGCAGAGCGACUUCGACGUGAUCUCUGUGCGUCCAGGCCAAGGGCAAUCCGCCGCGGCGAGGGUGGUGUUGCACAACUGCCUGUUCCAGGCAGAUUUGAAGACUGCCUUCGUCAACCACCUCACCUUUCAGUUCGACCACGUCUUCGACGAGAGAGUCGAGAAUUCAGAGGUUUACCGAGUUGCUGCAUCGCGUCUGAUUCAGAACUCCCUGGAUGGCGGCAUAGGCACGAUGUUCAUGUUCGGACAGACUGGCAGUGGAAAGACGCAUACGAUGUCUGCCAUCCAGGAGUUCGCCUCCCGCGACCUGUUCGAGGGGACGGACGGCCAGGCCUGCAUGUCCUGCCAGUACGUGGAGCUGCGCGGCAACAGGUGCUUUGACCUGCUGGCACCUCCCGCCACGGGCGCCGGAGACGGCGGCCGACGCGGGGGCGAGCCGCGGCCGGAGCUGAGGCUGCGCGAGCAGGCCGACGGCUCCUACGCCGCCGAGGGCGCCCUGGACCUCUUCCCCAAGACGCCCGAGGAGCUCUGCGGCAUCAUGGAGAUGGCGCAGUCCAGGAGAGCAACAUCGGCCACGGACGCGAACGCCGUCAGCUCCAGGAGCCACGCCGUGUGCACCCUGCGCCUCUUCGAGUCGGAGGGGCAGCUGCUGCUGGUGGACUGCGCUGGCACGGAGAGGCGGAAGGACUCCAUGUACCACUCGAAGGAGCGCCAGCAGGAGGGGGCGGAGAUCAACGCAUCUUUGCACGCGCUCAAGGAGUGCAUACGGUCCUUCGCGUCCCACCAGCGGGUUCCCUCGCACAUGUACCGCGCCUCCUCCCUGACCAAGAUCCUCGCCGACGCCUUCAUCCGAGGAGCCAGGGCUCGGCUCGCGGUGAUCUGCACGGCCUCGCCGUGCGCCACGGACACCGAGCACACCAUCGCCACGCUGCGGAUGGGCAUGGCGCUCGGCAGCGGGGGCAGCGAGCACGAGGAGAAGCAGAUGAUGGCCGACUGCAUGGAGAAGAAGCAGCGGGUGGUACACCCGAAGCAGUGGACUCCCGAGCAGGUCUUCGAGUGGCUGGCCGCAGUGAGCGAUGGUCAAUUCCAGGACCUGGUCGACGUCCUGCCGUCCAACACCACUGGCCAGAUGCUCACGCGGAUGACGGAGAACCGGUGCGCGCAGCUCUGCGGUGGCAGCGUGAAGCGCGGGCGGCGGCUCUUCGACGCGCUGCACGCGGAGAUGCAGGCCGCGGAUGCCGCGCGCAAGGGCUGA